AUGUCCAAGCCAGUUGUUAGUCACACAAUCAAAGAGGCCUGUAGUCCAGCUGAUAGACCGGAACUUUCUCCCCCUUCUUGGGCCCCUUCAUCUGUCCCAAUAGGCAAUAUGGACAUCUCAUUUCUUGGCGAGUAUCCAUGGGGUACUGGAAAGCGGACGUUCCUGCGGCACCUGACACAUAAUUUCAAGUCGAGGAAGAAUAUCCAGCUGAUGAAGAAUUGA